UUGUCUAAUCUGCAAACCGUCCCCAACAAUCUCGUGAUCCCUCUAGCUACAAAUCCCAGUCGGAAUUGCUCAUGCGGUGAACCUGCUGAUUAACCAAGGCCUCUAUUUUGACUAAGAAUGCCCCGUUGCAAGAAAUUGAGUACUUUGUAACUUUAGUUUUCUGAUAAUGAAUAAUAAUCCAUCGGUUGGAAUGUAUGUGUUAAUUUUCUC